CUGAUAACGAGCCCUAGAGGCACACAUCGGAAAAAACGCCCAACAGUGUCGCGAGAGAACUUGGGCGACCACGGAGGCUUCGCGCCUUGGGCUUCGGGCUCUGAUCGACGCGCUGUGCACGUUCGCGUGGAGCCGCCUGUCGCAGUGCGGAGGCCGCGAGGUGGCCGAGCUGGUGUCCGCGGCCGUGAAGCACGGAUGCGGCGACGACAAGUUCUUCCACUUCGUUGGCGCCUUUUGCCGCGACAGCCCCAGCGCCUUCGGCAGCCUCCGCGACGUGGCGCUGCUGGCGUCGGCGCUCAUGAAGCGGGCGGACCCGGCCUCCGCGGCGGGCCCGCGGCUGGACCGCGCCAGCGCCCUCCACGGCCUGGCCGUCGCCGCGAUGCCGCACCUCAGGCGCGCCGCCGCGGGCGACGCGCAGCCCUGCGUGCGCGACGCGUCGGAGUUCUUGUACGCCGUCGCGCACGUGCUUGACCGCAGGUGGGCGGACAGCGGCGAGCCACUGCACCGAAGCCCCGCCGUCUCCGAGGCCAUCUCCGCCAGCGUGGCUUUGGCGCGCCGGUGCCUCCACCGCGCCUGUCCGCAGACCAUCUCGAAGCUGGCGGGCGCCGUUGCGGCCGCGUGGGCGCCGAUGAGCUGGCUGCGGGUGUCCACCCUGCAGCCCUUCAUCGCAGACCUCGCGCAGGCCGUGCGGUUCCGGCACCCCGAUUUCAACGCCAAGGACGUCGCGUCGAUCGUCGUGGCCUUCGCCAAGCUGGACGUUGUCGACGACGUGGUCGCGGAGGUCAUGCCAGAGCAGGUUGAGGCCAGAGCCUCGGAGUUUCUGGACAAGGACCUUUGCUUGCUCCUGUGGGCCUGCUCCCGCCACGGCUACGUGGGCAAGCGCUGCGCCGAGGCGGCCGUGAGGGAGUUCCAGCGGCGCGACCUCUCGCGCAUGGCCGUGGUGGAUGUGUGCAUGGCCUCGCAGGCGCUGGCGAAGCUCGGCCCGAGCGCGAAGGCGGCGCUGUGCCUCGUCGCGGGGGAGGCCUUCAGCCGGCAGCUGCACGGGUUCUCGACCAGGGACAAGGCCCUGCUCAUGUGGUCGCUGGCGAAGUCCAGGGUCGUGCACCUGGCCCUGUGCCGGCGUGCAGCGCUCGCAUGCGGGCUGCAGGCCAAAGAGGACCCGCUCACGGCGGGCAGGGGUCGAGGGAUAAAUUACUCGAUCGCGUGCACGCUAGACGCCGACUCCCCGGAGUAA